ACCAAUACAGCGUCCUGUUUGACGCCAUUUUGUUUUGCUUUUAUAACCCCGCCCAGUGACACACCCAAAAUAAAAAUGGAGUCUGAAGAAGAACAGAGGAGGAAGAGGCUUGAGUUUCGUAAGAUGUUGCUGAAAGUAUCUGAGGGACUGACUUCAGAAAACGUGGCUGAUCUUAAGCAUCUCUUGAGGGGGGAUAUUGUUCAGUCUAAAUUAGAAGGUUCUUCGAGAGGAAUUGACAUUUUUGAAUUACUCAUUGAGAAAAACUCCAUUAGUUCUGAUAACAUUGGGUAUUUAAAGGACUGUCUUGAUUUUCUUGAUCGAAAAGACUUAAUAGCUGAUCUUGUAAAGCCAUACGAAGAACGAGGUUCCAUAACUCGAAUGACUCGUCACAAGAUAAGAGAUGACCUUGACCUCAAUACUGUGGUUUUAACUGAGAUUGGUAAAGAAGUGGGCAAGGACUGGAAGAUGCUGGCUCGUCAUUUGUCUGUCCCUGAGCCGGACAUUGAGCAAAUUAAUAAUCAGUACUUCAGGGACCUUCACGAGGCUUCCUAUCAAGCACUUGUGAGGUGGAAAGACAAAAAAGGAGACAGGGCAACGGCCAAGGUUCUCAAACGGGCGUUGGAAGAUAUGAGACUCAUGGGUGUGGUCAGUAAAUACUUUGAUGUUUAGAUCAACGGAUAUUUCAUUCAUCAAACAGCAUACUUUAUUUUCACUUUAACUUAUUUCGCUUUGUGUCCAGUAUGUUAGAUGUUAUUUGUACCUCUUAUACCUGUUUCCGAAUCAUUAGUAACUGUACAGAGUUUAAUUUUUAAAUUUAAUUAUCAUAAUUAUUCAUCUCUUUUUGUUAUUUGCACCGUUAACUUUUAAAAUAUAUCUGUUAGUCUAGGAGAGAA